UCCAUCUUCUCCCAUGAGACAGAGAAAUUAAAUUACUUGAAAACCAAAUGCAGGGCGGAAACCACUGGGGAGGGCCGCUGGAAGUGAUCGACAACGACCACAACAACGGCGACAGAGGCGAGGAUUGGGAUCGGGAUCGGGCGGCUCUGCAAUCGCAAUCGUUCAAUCAGAAUGAACUGGACGAGACGCAGAGGAGCUGGCUUCUUGGUCCAGCAGAGGGGAAGAAGAAAAAAUACGUUGACUUAGGUUGCGUAAUCGUGUCGAAGAAGGCUUUGAAAUGGAGCUUGUUUUCGAUUUUGAUUGUGUUUUGUGUAAUCGGAUUGCCGAUUAUUGUGGCCAAGACUCGGCCGAAGCAUCACGCUCGUCCUCUUCCGCCCGAUCGAUACUCUGAUGCUCUUCAUAAGGCUCUCUUGUUCUUUAAUGCUCAGAAAUCUGGGAAAUUGGGAAAGAGCAACAACAUAACAUGGAGAGGGAGCUCAGGGCUGAACGACGGGAAUGACACGCUGGCAAAGGGAGGCCUAGUUGGAGGGUACUACGACUCCGGGGAAAACAGCAAGUCCAAUUUUCCAAUGGCUUAUUCAAUGACGAUGCUGAGCUGGAGCCUGGUGGAGUACAGUCACAAGUACAAGGCCAUCAACGAAUACGACCACGUCAGAGACCUCAUCAAAUGGGGUACCGAUUAUCUGCUCCUCACCUUCAACUCCUCCUCCACCAAAAUCACCCAAAUUUACUCCCAGGUUGGGGGAUCGCAAAAUGGGUCCCAAAUCCCGGACGACUCCACCUGCUGGCAGAAGCCGGAGCAAAUGGGCUACAACCGACCCACCCAAACCACAUUCCAAGGCCCAGAUCUCGCCGGCGAGAUGUCCGCCGCUCUCUCCGCCGCCUCUAUCGUCUUCCGCGACGAUGCCGCCUACUCCGCCAAGCUAAUCAAAGGCGCAGAGACGCUGUUCGCAUUCGCUCGUGAUUCCGGCCGCCGUGCACGCUACAGCCGCGACAACGCCUUCCUAGCUGCUGCUUACAACUCCACCGGCUACUACGAUGAGUACAUGUGGGCGGGGGCGUGGCUGUUCUACGCGACGGGGAACACGUCGUACAUUAAUCUGGCGACUCUGCAGGGAAUCCCGAGGAACGCAAAGGCAUUCAACGUGACGGCGGAGACAAGCGUGCCGAGCUGGAACAACAAGCUGCCGGCGGCGAUGGUGUUGUUGACGAGAGUGAGGAUGAUGCUGAAUCCAGGGUAUCCGUACGAGGAGAUGCUGAGUACGUACCAGACAUUGACUGCCCUAAAUAUGUGUUCUUAUCUCAAACAAUUUCGCGUCUACAAUUGGACUCGAGGAGGAAUGAUGAUUAUGAACAAAGGACAGCAACAGGGACAGAAUCUACAAUAUGUGGCGAAUGCUGCAUUUCUGGCUUCUCUGUUCGCUGAUUACUUGAACUCCACCGGCGUCCCAGGCUUCAACUGCGGCCCCAACUACAUUCCUUCAGCCCUUCUUCGCACCUUCGCCACUUCCCAGAUGGAUUACAUUCUUGGGAAGAACCCCAUGAACAUGAGCUACAUUGUGGGCUAUGGCACCAAGUUCCCUAGACGAGUGCAUCACCGUGGUGCAUCCAUUCCCAGCGACAACAAGUACUAUUCCUGCAAGGGCGGGUUCAAGUGGCGCGACAACCCCGGUCCCAACCCCCACACCAUCGUCGGUGCCAUGGUUGGCGGUCCAGAUCGAUUCGACAAGUUUCACGACGUGCGUACUAAUCCCAACUACACUGAGCCAACUCUGGCUGGUAAUGCUGGCCUUGUUGCUGCUCUUGCUUCCCUUACUACCUCUGCUGGCUUUGGCAUUGACAAGAACACCAUCUUUUCUGGGAUCCCGCCGCUCGGUCCCAAGGCGCCACCGCCACCACUGCCGUGGAAGCCGUGAUGGGGGUCGGUUGCUAGUGAGGACUUGGCCAUGAAAAUCAUCCCCUUUCUCUCAUCUUUCUUUUUUGCUCCAAGGGGUAAUGUUUAUUCUUUGUAUCAGUUAUAUGACUCUCCACUUCUUACACAUACAUAUAUGUUCAUUUUACAA